UUGGAUGGCGGCGCUCCUAGCGCGCAAGCCGCACCGUCCGACGCGGAUGCAGUUACGGGAGCGCAGCGCGACCCAAUGCAACUCGACGAACGUCGCAUAUCCGGAGCCGGAUCAAACGUCGAGGCCUGGGCAAGUGGUGCGUGUGCGUGUGUCGCCUCAUCUCCCUCUCGCCUGUGCGCCCGUGGAACGCGCGAGAGAACAACGGGGGAGUGACGGGUAAAAGACGGAAGCAAGAAGAAACCCCCGGAAAAAAAGAAACGAACACGAAAGAAGAAGAAGAAGAAGAAGACGAAGAAGACGAAGAAGAAUAAAGAAGAACGUCGGUGUUAUUCGUCGAUCGUGUUUAUACGCGUAAAUAAAACAAAGGAUCAGCGCGGUGCUAGAGAGGGAUAAGAGAAAACUAAGAAGAGUGCAAGAAGGGAAGAAACGCACGCGAUCAUCGCGAAACGAGGAGCCCGUGCGUCGAGUCCUAGGGGAUAAUAAAGAAGGAAAAAUCGUUGCAUCGGGCCGCCGCGUCGCGCCGAUCGAGACGAGUCGCCGUGUUUCUCGCCGUCGUCGUCGUCGCUGUUGCUGAAUGUUGUGUUGUGCACGCGCACCGCGGUUCGCGAUUCGUACUUACGCUCUCGCCGGCGCGUAACAAACACGUCGCGCGUAUUUUUCGGCGUGCCGGUGUAACCACCAGGAGGCCGUGAGAAGGAAACGUAGCGAGCCGGUCGAGACGACGUUCCCCGGCGAUCGUAGUCGACGUUGACCUCGUGGCUGCCGGGAUCCGUAGGUCGAUAGAGAUCGUUCCGUGGCGCGGAUCCGUCGGUUUGGUGGAAUCGCGCGCGUCUCAAUUUCCCGUCGCUCGGCGAAUCGAAUUCCCCGUUGGAGGAAACGGAAAGCGGGAAGCGGAAAACGGAAAACGGAAAACGGAAAAGGGAAAACGCCGCCGGAGAGACUAAGCGAGCCAGAAGCGAAGAGAGUAAACGGAGCGGCGCCCCCGAGGAUCGGAAGGAUCGAACGGAGGAGAGCAACAGGCUCCUUGCGUGGAAGGAAGACGGUGGAGGGGAGUCGGUACAACUGAAGAGUUCGGUGCAACCGUCGAUUCCGUUUCGUUAGUUCGCGCUCGCUCAAUCUCCUUUUUCGUACGCGUCUCGCGGUCUUAGAGCGAGCGAGCGAACCGCGUUCCUCGCCGGAGACCUUGUCGGUUCGCGGUCGCCUGUGUUUCGUUCGCGUUCUUUGUCCCUGUUCUGUACACGGUGCGUGAAAGGAAAAGCAACGCGGGACAACCGCUCGCCUAGACUACCGAUUUCCCGUACGAAAUGUCCAGGAAGAUGAUCGUGGAGCGCGGCUACCGGCUCGCCGCGAGUGUCGCGAGCCGCCUCGAACGACUCUGAGAGGAAGGAGCCGCGCAUCUACCGUGGAUCGUUCUCCCAACGGAGAAGAAGGAAGUGCAGCCUGUAUCCGUGAUUCUUCCUGUCGCGACAGUGACGUCCGGUGAAUUUCGGUCGGAAGGAAUCCCCGCGAGAGGAUCAUCAUCGGCGGGUCGAGCGUCCAAGGCGAAAUUGGAUCGAGCGAAAGGAGAGCAACGACGGAGGAAGUAAAAAAGAGGACUUGCCGUCGGCAACAGACUGCACUCUCGCACCACUCAGGGCGCAAGCGUGCACGUGUGUUGUGCGUUCCCGUGCCCUAACCCUGUCUCAGCACGAGGGAGUAGUCGUUUCUCCGCGGUCCCAUCCCUACUCCGCCAGCAUCGCCGCCGUUGCCGCCACCGUUAUCGCCACCGCCAUCGCCACCGUCACCGUCGCUGCCGUCGGCUCGCCAUCCCUCCGACGAUCGCGAAGAAGCGCCGCCACAGCCGACGUAACGACGCCGGCGACAACGACGACGACGACAGCGACGACGACGACGACGACGACGACGACGAGGAGUAGGAGGGGGACGAGGACGAGGACGAUAACGACGACGACUACGAGGACGAGGACGAGGACGAGGACCACCAACGGGCCCCCACCAUCGGCCCUCGACGACUUUGGCGGUUUCUGGCUUACGCUACGUCACGCGUGACGUCGCUCCCGGCGCGCACGUUCGAGCGGCAGUGUGCACGCACGCUAACUUUACCCCUUCGCGUCCUCCUCGCAAAUUCACCCCACGUUCAAGCCGCGCGCUGAACAACAGAGAAACACCGAACGGAAGAACGACCAACGGAAUCGAGAGGGGAAGAUCGAAAAAGCCGGUCAACCGAAGGAACAAAGAAGACCAUCGCCAGGAGGAAAAGAACCAGGAGGCGGAGGAGAAAGAGGAGGACGAGGACGAGGACGACAACGGCGACGACGACGACGACGAGGACGGAGGACGGCCGGCGGCGGAGGGGGUGGAUAUCCACGCGGGAACACGAGGCAGGCGCACCCGGCCGGCACGCACACACACACAUUCUAAGAUGUGAUUUCAAAAAUGGCGGAUUGCCCCUAUGCCCGCUGCAUACAGGAACGCAGACACAUCCGACGGGAGCUGCUGCGAUGGACAAAGAAUAUGGUCUUCGUAGUCGGUCUGGAACGGGUAGCGGAGGAGUUGAUGGGCCGUAGGAGAUGGAAGCAAUAUCAGGACACCCUGUACAGCGGUACUCGCAGCAGCGAAUCACUGACGACACAGCCCCACCACCGGCUCUACCCGGCGUUCUCGUCGUCCUGCGACCCGGUACCCGGGAACUUGGAACAAAUUGGCCCGCGUACGCUACAUCCUGCGUCCUCCUCGUUACCCACGACGAUAACGACGACAACGAGCACGGUGUCGGCUGCAGCGACGACGACGACAACACCGCCAACGACGGCGGCGGCGACGACGACGACGGGUUUGGUCAAGCAGGACAGCUUGCAGAGGCAUACCCUGCAGAACCAUCAUCACCUACAGUCCUCGGCGCAAGAUCAUCACCGCCAUUACCAGCAGCAGCAGCAUCAGCAGCAUCAGCAGGAGGACCAGCGUCGCCUCAGGCCAGACGAGGUGAAGGUCGAGGUCGGCGAGGACGAGUUUGCGAACGGUGUCGGGCGAGAGGAAUCUGCAACGAAAACAACGGACACAUCGACAGCGACGACGGUAACGGCGUCAACGACGGCGACAACGGGAACGAGCAUCGUUACCACCACCAGCAGCACCGGUACCGGCACGAUAGCGACGAUCGCGUCGGCGAACACCACGGCUACCAUGACCACGGGAACGACCACGAUUCCGACCAGGCGAAGACGCAAACGCCGGCAGAACGACGGGGACGGUGCCACGGACGACAGGGAGGACGACGACGAGAACGAGGAGGAGGAGGAGGGACGGGGGCAGAACGAGGCGGAGAAGCGGCUGAAGCUCGAUCAGGAUGCGGACAGGCCCAUCAGCCCUCUCAGGAGAGACAAGGACCGAGCAACUCGGGAUUAUUCGACUGGCAACGCUACCGACACGGAAGGGACCAAGGAACGAACGGAAGAAGUCGCGUUGGAGCGGACACCGGUAACGCAGGGCUUGCUGAGAGUGAAGAAAGAGGAGGAGUUGCAGGAAGUGCCAGGUUCUGAGGGCGGCCCAACGAUAUUGACGACACCGGCGCCGGAUUCGGAUGGGACCAGGUCAGGGUUGUCGUGUCGGGAGGUUGACGCGGUCGCGAGGAACACUGUGGCGCCGUGUCUGAUCGGAGGACGACGCAUCAGCCCACCCCCGGAAGACUGGAAGCCGCUGGACAAGUGUUACUUUUGUCUCGAUGGCAAGCUGCCGCACGAUGAUCAACCACCCCUCAGUCCGCAGAGCGACAGCAGCAGCAGCUCGCGAUCGGCCGAGUCACCGAUGUCGGUCCAGGUGGAUCCGAUGGCGGCUUCCGUGGUCGCCGCGGCUCUCAGCGGCACCUAUCCCACCCUGCUACCCCAGUGGUGUCUACCACCAAGGGAGGCGCCUCUCGUUGGGGUGCAAGCUCAUCAGGACAGCGCAACGCCGGUCGACCAACCGCUCGACCUCUCGGCCAAACCCAAAAAUUCUCAGGACAACAACAUAUCUCUAUUGGAGCAACAGAAAAUACCUCUAAGGAUGCCAGCAGGUAUCGACCCCAAGAGUAUCUUUACUUCGUAUCGCGCGAAACCGCGUAUGACCGGGCCAGUGUCGACCGUGGCGGCGGCAGCAGCUGCGGCAGGGGUCGGUGGUGUCCCCGUGGUGGGUGCAGGGGGUGGCCGGAGGACCUACACCGAGGAGGAGCUCCAGGCCGCCCUUAGGGAUAUCCAGAGCGGCAAGCUCGGUACACGAAGGGCGGCCGUGAUCUACGGAAUACCGCGUAGCACCCUGCGCAACAAGGUCUACAAGCUUGCGAUGGAGCGCGAAAGGGACGCGUCCCUGACUAGCACCCACUCACACCCUCACGAGUCCGGCGCCCCAGCCACCACCACCACCACCAUCACCACCACCACCACCACAACUACUACUACUACUACUACUACUACUACACCACCAAAUACGACCCAAAACGCCUCCGCGACCACUCCGCCCCCGCAAGUGGAUGAGGUGGACGACAAGGAACUCUCCGGAGCCGAAGAGGAGAAAGAAGUCGAAAAGGCCCUGCUGAAACCGUUGUUGUCUCUGGAAGAUCUCGUCAGGUUCUCCGCUCUCGAAGGAGGCGGCGGGGAUUCCUUAAGGACUUUGCUUCAACGGGGACAGGAGACGGGGACCGAGUGGCCGGGCCUCGAACACGCGAAUAUCGGCCCGUACAUACAGAAGAUGCUUGCCGCGGCCGCGCCUUUCAAAGGUCUGGAGACGCAAGACUAUCGCAUUCCAGAGGUGAUGAGGAGGCUGAUGAGCGAAGACAAGAGGCUAAACAAGAGCGUAAACGGGGACCAGUCGCAGUCGCAUCAUCAGCAGUUUCAUCACCAGCAGUCCCACGGGACUCACUCGCAGGCGCAGACGCAGUCGCAGUCGCAGGCGCAACAGCAACGCGGACCGAUCACCAACGACGACUUCAAUCCGAACAUCGAGGAGGAGGCGAGCGACAGUGGUCAAGGUAGAGCUAUUCUGAAGAUUCCGUCCUACAAGCCCGCGAGCACCCCGGGAUGUUCGAGCAAGAACGGCGAACCAACUUCCGCCGCUUUCGCGCAAGGAUUCGCGGCCGCGGCCUCGAGUCCGGGCCUCCUGGAGCGGGCCUCGCCCGCCUUCUCCGGCACCAGCAGCCCGACCAACUCGCUCGUGGGGAAGACGGUAGCCGUCAACUUCCGCGACGUGAUCGCGAAGAGCAUCAGCGUGAAGUUCCAAGAGGGCCAGCCGGUUACCUCGGCCGGGAUGCCCGGAUGCCAGUCCGCCGGGGUGGUGCAGUCGCAGCAGACGAUGAUGACGGACAGUCCGUUCAAGAGAGGUAGAUACACGCCGCCGCAGCCGGCGACGCAACAGGCGCAAUCGCAGCCGAAGCCGCAGUCCCAGGAAGCGAACAAACCGAAACAAGCUACCGGUGGCAAGGGAACAAGACCGAAACGCGGCAAGUACAGGAACUACGACAGGGAUAGCCUGGUCGAGGCUGUACGCGCCGUUCAGCGGGGCGAGAUGAGCGUGCAUCGUGCAGGCAGCUAUUACGGAGUACCCCACUCCACCCUCGAGUACAAAGUUAAGGAACGGCACCUCAUGAGGCCAAGGAAGAGGGACCAGAAGCAGCCGGACGACAAGGCGAAAGAGACGGCGGCUGUGGCGGCGGCGGCGGCGGCCGCCAACAUGCGACCGGGCACAGCCGACAAGAAGCCGCAGCUGAAGCCGCAGAAACCGUUCACACCUCCCGGCGGUAUACCGGGGCCCAACGGACUAAAGAUGCCGCCGUUCAUGGAGGGCAUGCCCCAUUUACCGUUCGGGCCGUUCAACUUUUGGAAUCCGACGCCGUUCAUGCCGUCGCCGUUCAUAACCGGGGCGCCGAACGUUCCGGGGAUCCUGCCGGAGCAGUACUUCGCGACGAGUCGGAUACGCGGGCUGCAGGAACAGCAGAGGAACGCGGCGAUGGUGCAGCAACAUCAGCAGAGGGACAGGGACGGGAUCGGCGUGGCCGCGACCACCGCGGAGUCGCCGGGAACCUCGAAUUCUCGCGGUACACCGAUGACGAAGACGCCGCGGGAGGUGACGGAGAGCCUGUACGACGGCUCGGGGGCGAACGGCAGUUUCCUGGACAAUCUGAUCAGGUCGAGCCUCGAGACGGGAAUCCCCAGGGACCAGAGGGCGAUGGCGGAGGGUAGGAACCAACAACAAUCGUCCUCGCAGCAGCAACAGCUACCCGAAUCGAUGAGGAGCAAAGCGUUGAUCGACCAGCUGUGCAGGAACUCGAGGAGGACGCCGGUGCCGCGGCUGGCACAGGACAGCAGCGAGGACGAGAGUUACAGGGGACCAUCGGCUGCUGGGAGGCCAGUCCCGGAGAGGCCGGAACGCGUGCCCACCGUCGAUCUAAGCCCGUCGCCGUCGGAACGGGGCCGCACCGACGACGGCAGCGACCGAUUGACCUCGCCACCGACGCCGCUUUCGGUAUCGAGGGCCGGCAGCAGGGACGACGAUCGCAGCAGCAGGGAACGCGAGGUUCACAACGGUGGACAAGAGGAUCGCGAUAGAAAGACUCUGACCGUUCAGCAGCAGCAGCCGCCGCCGCCGCAGCAGCAGCAGCUGAAUCACUACCCGGACUUACUCUACGCCGUAUCAACUGACAAAAAAAGUGCCUGUGAUAGUAAGCUUAUAGUAGAUCAUUCGAGCCAGAAGACUCAGCAGCAACAACAGCAGCCGCAAACGCAGCCGCAGCCGCAACCGCAGCAGCAGCAGCAGCAGCAGCCACAGCAGCUGCCGCAGCAGCAACAGAAGGAGUACGCUGCCGUGAGCGGACUGGUCGUGCAACUGCAGCGGGGCUACAAUACCGGGAACAGCAGGUCCGGUGAGCAGACCAACAGCCAGCAGUCGGCGGAUCAACGCGGUCCAGCGAUCAGUAUGGAAGACUCCGUUGAGCAGUAGAGAAAAGUCGGUAUCGUUGAUCAGUAAAGUAUAGAGUUAACGAGAAUACGGAGAAUAAGGUCCGUAUACAGUAAGCCCAUUCCCGCCCGAUGCUACGGCAUUUCACGCAACGCGUCCUCGUCGCGCGCCGCGGGCGCGGGGAUGCUCGCCCUCUCGCCUCCUCCUCGUUUUCGAGGAGCUUCGAUUGCACACGCUCCUUCGGUUUUCUUCUUAUUCUCCGUUGGGCGUGCUACGAGAACGGGAAUCCGGCGUGUUCCUCGCGAACAGCCGGGCCUCGAGAGCACGACACUCGGUCGGUUUGGCUAUGAAAGCAAACGCGGACCGUUUCGAGGCGAGGGGCGUGAAUGGCGAGCGCCUCGUCCGCCGGUCGCGGGGACCGAGGAACGAUUCAAUAACGCGAAACGUGGCACGAAACGGUAGCAGCCCCAGGUAGCCUGACCCUGCCCUUUCCAUUCGGAAGCUCCUUGUUGAACGUCGCGAGGCAAGUUCGAAAACAGGAAACAAAAGGGAACGAAGAAAACGUGUAACGAAAACGCGUAAGCGCUACCCAACCAACCAACCACCCGUCAACCCACUGCGAUUCCAUCAGUUAUACGUAUCCGGCAGUCGAUCACCGUCCAGCUGACGGUAGGUCGUACCGGAAGGAACCCUUUCGACUAUGGCGAUAUUUCGAAUCGAAGAAAACGCAAGAAACGGAUACAAAGCACGAUGCGAUGUUAUUGUACCGAACACUCUGACACCGACACACGUACACGCACACGCGCACACGGACACAUAGGACACACCGGUAGACACACACGUACACCCUCGUUCGAUGAGACACUUUGACACACGUAACACGCUCACACGGACGCCUCUGACACCCUCGGAUACGCAGAUGUGCCGUUGGCGCGCACGCACCACGGCGAUCUACGCGAUAUCCAGGCGAAGAAAAUACAAACGGUGAACACGUAAACGAGCAGCACGUCAAUAGUCCGCGCGUGCACGCGUUUCCGUAGGAAAAAUACGCGUUGGGUAGGAGCGCGCGAUUCAAUUUCCGCGAGGGUUGCCCCGGCCGACUACGCGCGCGGAAACGUCGGCCGUCUAUCGUAGGCUUCUCCGAGAACCGUGCGAGAACACGAGGACAAACAAAAUGCCGACGCAACAACUACAAAAAAAAAAGUAAAAAAAAAAUUAUGAUAAACAACAACAUCAUCAACAACAACAACAACAACAACGUAUUUUUUCCUCUAUCGAUGUAAAACUACCUAAAAAUGCAAACUUAUUACCUACACUACUAACAUUACUUAACUCGUAAGGAGCAACAUAAUUAUAUAAGGAAUGAUAUAUUAUAUAUAUAUACAUAUAUAUUUUUGGUCAUUACGAACGUAAAUGCGAAACGAGAACGAGGCCAAGACUUUUGUUGGCGCGCGUAAUAGGUGACGUUUUUUCAUAAGGCGACAAUAUUUCUCUAAUCUCGGUUAUUUCAAGGCUGGCGUUCGAUAGAAACGCGUCCCUCGUCGCAAAACGGGUCGCGCACGUAGGAGGAACAUUAAACGAAGGGAGGAAGGAAAGACGAAGCUAUUUAGGAAAACGAUGGGAGUGGGAGGGGGAGACGGGGAUCUUCGUCGAUGAGGAGAAACGCGUUCGUGGUUUCUUCGCGAUGUCAAACGAUUAACAGAGAUUCGUGUCUCUUUGGACAAAAAGGAAAAGGAAAAAAGGAAAAACACUUUUAUCGAUAAACCGAUACUCUGAAGGGAAUCGGAGAAACGGACGCGAGAAUUACCGGGAAGAAAUCGCGGAACGUUCCGCUCGUAAAAGUUUUAUUUUCGAUCCGGGAUCCUUCAUCGGCGAAGAUCGUUCGGUUUCAUGGGAUUCGGGGUGAAGCUACGACGAACGACGAUAGGAAGAGACGAAACAGCAGAGACGCAUAGGUUUACAAGGGACUUCGAGGGAAUGAAUUAUAAAACUGUGUAGGCGCGCGCUUGCUCUCGACUCUCGGUUUCUGUCUUUUACCGAAGUGCUGAAUAUUUUCUUACGCGCGACGAUUACGCCGACAUUUUGAUACGAACGCAAAUUUUCUACCGCGUAGAGAAAGAGAAGCAGCGACAAAGGGCGGCACUCGUAGUAUUUCUUCGCGAGGAAAACGUACGCUCGACGCUCAAUAAUCCACCACUAUUCCGAAAACUUUUUCGUUGACCUUUUCGCCGGUUUCUCGCCCGCCAACGCCCAGACAAAAACGAAAUUCUUUUCGUUCGCUUAUCGACUUUUUCUACGACUCGCCAUCCAUCGCAAUUCUCGAUCGUGUACGUUUUCCUCUUGGCGGCGAAAAGAAGACAAAAGAAAAAACGUAGCCAAGUUAGGUAAGGUCCUGUCAUCGUUCUCAAGGGAGUUUAGAAAUUUUCACUUCAAGUACCACCACAAAACCGCAAAGUUUACGCGUAAUUUUCGUCAGAGAUUUCGAACGAAUUUUUAAAGCUCUUAUCGACGUUUAGCGAUUUUUCAGGGGAGUCCUCUAAUUUGCAAGGAUCGUAUCGCAUCGUUGAACAGGAACGAGAGUUUCCACGAUCGAUUUCGAUCGUCGUUGUUCGAGCAACCACAAAGAACGCCAGUCCCUCCUCUUUUGACUAAUUUUUUCGCAGAUUUACUCACGAGCGUCGUGCGCGCGACUAUCGAGGUAUCUUCUCGUAUUUUCGAUUAGAGAAUUCCGUUCGACAGGAGAUCCUUGACUAGAUGAACACGUCGAACAAGUGGCGAUUUCGUUGUUUCGCUAGUUGAUAGUAGCUGAGAAGACGGUUGGACCAAGACGAAAUCGACGAAGGCGGAUUCGAUGCAGAAUGAUUCGGUAGACAACAACAACAACAACAAAAAAAAAUGAAAUAAAAAAAAAAACAGAAAGAAAAACACGCGUAGAAACGGACCGCGCGACAGAAACAGAAACAGGUGACGUUCGACGCGUAGUUUCGCGGGUCACGAUUUUCCGUCUUUCUCGAGUACCGAGGAGGAUCGUUACAGUUGGUCGUAUAAAGGACAAAGACAAAGGAAGCGAAAAGAAUAAAUCCACGCACUCAUCUCACGACUCUCUUUAAGUAAAGUAACGACUGAAAGACUCUAGGCUGUACAUAAAGUAUAAGGCAUGUAUGUUCGGUGUUAAUGCAAAAAUUCCUUAUUAACGCAAAAAAAAUUAUACCUUACUCGAAAAAAAAGUAAAUCGUGUAAGCAAGGCUACUCUCUCGGUGUUUUUUGGAACUAAACUUAAAAUUUACCCUAAACUUAAAGCAAAAAAACCGUGAAUUAAGAGGUUACUUCUAAAGGCGAUGAAAAAAGGGUGGAUGCGCACCCCACGCAGAGAAUGCGCGUCGGAAACAAAAAACAAGUUAUUGAGUGUAAACGUUAAGGUCUCCUUAGGGUUAAAGAAUAAUAAAUAAAAAUAAAAAAAUGUGAAUCGAGCUGAACAGCAGAAAAAAACACAAGCGAAAAGCAAGCACUAAUCAUGAUUGUGUGUAAACGUAAAUUUAAACUUUCCUUCUAACCCCCUGUGUCCACUGAAUCACCCCCUUUCUAAUCGCUCACCAAAACCGACCACCCGCUUCGCGUCAAAGUGUAAAAAAAAUCGUUCGGUGUGAUCUUAAACUACUCGAUACCUCGAAAGAAACAAACAAAAAAUACUUUUUUCUAAACUUUCACCAGGCACUACACCAAAAGAAAAGGAAUGAUAUUUCUUACACUCGUUCCAACCACCGUCCCCCCCCUUCCUCCCGGCCCCUGCCUUCCACCCUUAACCCACCUCGCCCUUUGCCGAAAAAAAAAAGAAAACUUUACACACAGCCCCUUGUAAUCGAGCCUCCUUCGCCCUUUCCGACCCCCGUGAAAUCCAGUUCACCGACACACGCCCGAGAUAACAACAAAAAAAAAAAAACAAAUUGCCCGAUAUACCCUUUACGAAAGAUUUAUCGUUAGAUGUGAAAAAUGAAUAUUUAUCGUGCGGAUGAUUGUAAAACGUGCGUACACUAUGAUUGUCGUUAAUUCAAUUACGGUUACGAAGGUAUACGUCGCGACGUUCGAUUCGCGUUCUCUGAGCCAGGAGUCGGUUAUCGUCACCGUUGAUCGUACGCCGAGACGCAAAAUCGACCAUCUUCCCGUCGCCCAGGCGUCUCAUCGCUUCCGGCGGUCUCUCUCGAUUCGUCGUCAACAUUUCGGGCCAAAUAUCCGAGCAUCGGGGCUAAUUUUCGAAGAAACAGCCAAAUUUUUUGUACUUUCGACACGUCGACUUCAACGCACAAACGACUCUUUCGUAAAAUUCAUAAAGCGCGAAUGAUUAAACGUCUUUUUCCCUUCGGUGGACCGGGGCGAAUAAAGUGACGUUCACCGGGUCUGGCGACGACGGGCAUCGACUCCUGCGGACGUUCGAUACGCGAGUUAAACCACGAGUCUCGUCCGCGUUUCGUUUUCGAACCGGGACGAGCGGAUCGCGACGAUUGGGGACGAUCGGCGCUAACGAUUUUUCCCAGUGACACAGUCGCGUCAACGUGUCUGCCGCAGCAGCGAUUUUUCGCGUUUACCGGGCCGGAAUGUCGCGUUCCCGGCUCCGGAGGUGUUCUCCCGCGGGAUACGAGCAGAGAGGAUUACUGCGAAAACGAGAGAAAAAAAGAAAAAAGUGAAAAGAAACGCACGAAAAGGAACACGUUUUCUAGAAAGGUGGUUCUCUAUUAUUGCGGGGAAUAUUUACGUAGGAAACGAUUGGAUAUAACGUUCUGUGAUUUUAAACAUUAUCGGUGAUCGGGGAAACCUCUGUCCAUUGGUUGUCGUAGCUCGUUCUAGGUGAAAUUUUCGUGAUCGAAAUUCGUUUUUUAAUGGAAACGUAGAGACUCGCGAGUAGGUGGGGUAUGGGAGUUUAUUAGCGAAAUCGAAGGGGACGACGCACAGGCUAGGGCAGAUAUCGUUGCCAACGCGACUGUAGGAAGAGUGUCGAUUUUCGUUUUUCUUUUACGGGGGAGACGGCGGGACCAGAACGCGAGGUCCGUGCGAAAAAUCGUUCGGCUCCGGGUCGCCAUUCUCCCCGUAGAUAUUUCCAACGUUUCUUUCUCUCGAAAGUAUCUGUCGGAGUCGAGAGAGAAGGAUGCUUUCGACCGUGGAUUUCCGGCCGUCUCCCUCCACGUCGCGGGCGAUACGCUAAAACGAUCCGGCGAGAGACGGAUUGGUCGAAA